UCUGCUCGCUGCUUUAGGAAACGUGGCCUUAACCAGACUCCGGCAGCAGCGGUGUAGAUGAAUGAGAAACACGCAGCUUCACCCUUCAGCUCCAUCCGUCUGCCAGCCUCCGCCACAGCUCCAGCAUUGCCCGCGGUCCCCUGAAGCCCCUGUCUGAAGAACCAUGUCCGAGGCAGAACAAGUCCCGGCCUCGGCCCCGGAGGCCGCCGCCGCUGUCCUGGACGCCCUGAACGCCACGGACUCCAACGGGACCGAGGCGCUGAACGCUACGGCUAAAUUCGUGGCCACCCCGGAGGGCACCGCGCUGGCAUACGGCAGCCUGGUGUUCAUGGCGCUGCUGCCUAUCUUCUUCGGAGCCCUGCGGUCCGUCAACUGCUCCAAAUCUAAGGAGCUCGGAGACAAUGAUUACGAUUCUGGGUUCAGAAAUGCAGCAGACAUGCCAGAAACAAUCACCAGCCGAGACGCAGCGAGGUUUCCCAUCAUCGCCAGCUGCACUCUGUUUGGGCUCUACCUCUUUUUCAAGGUAUUUUCUCAAGAGUAUAUCAACCUGCUGCUGUCCGUCUACUUCUUCGUCCUGGGCAUCCUGGCUCUGUCUCACACUAUGAGUCCUCUGAUGUCCAGAAUCUUUCCAGCUUCGUUCCCUAACAAACAGUACCAGCUGCUCUUCACUCAGGGCUCCGGAGAGUCCAAAGAAGAAAUAGUCAACUAUGAGUUUGACACCAAGAACCUGGUGUGUCUGCUCAUCAGCAGUGUGGUGGGAGUCUGGUACCUGCUCAAAAAGCACUGGAUAGCCAAUAACCUGUUUGGCCUGGCCUUUGCCCUGAAUGGGGUGGAGCUGCUCCACCUGAACAAUGUCAGCACUGGCUGCAUCCUGCUGGGGGGGCUGUUUGUCUACGACGUCUUCUGGGUGUUUGGGACCAAUGUCAUGGUAACAGUUGCCAAGUCCUUCGAAGCACCGAUCAAAUUGGUGUUUCCUCAGGACUUGUUGGAGAAAGGGCUUGAGGCCAGUAACUUCGCCAUGCUGGGUCUGGGUGACAUCGUCAUCCCAGGUAUCUUCAUCGCCCUGCUGCUGCGCUUCGACGUCAGCCUAAAGAAGAACAGCAGGACGUACUUCUACUCCAGCUUCCUGGCCUACAUCUUCGGACUGGGCCUCACCAUCUUCGUCAUGCACACCUUCAAACACGCACAGCCCGCUCUGCUCUACCUGGUCCCAGCCUGUGUCGGCUUCCCCGUCAUCGUAGCACUGUUCAAAGGGGAGCUCACAGAGAUGUUCAGGUACGAGGAGUCCUCUCCUGAGGAGGCGGGGGCUAAAGAGGACUCAUCAGAAUCAGAGAAGAAGGACCAAUAGCAUCGAUCGCUGCCCCUCCCCCUUCCCCCCCAAACACCUUCAUCCAGCCUGCUGCCACCACAUUUCACUGAAGCCCCUCCCCCUCUCGCCUCUUCAGCUUCCUGUUUGUCACCGGGGGAAACGGCGCUCAUGUUGCCAACGUGUUUGUCUUUGAAAACCAUGGAACAGCCGCUGGUCUCCGGCUGCUGUCACUCUGCGGGUGGUGGUGUUUCUAAUUAAAGGUUGUGGAGACUCGGUGCCUACCAUGAUUCCUCUGUCUGUCUCUCAGCUGCACUCACACAGGAACGCCACACCUGCGCAGCUCCAGCUCAUCCAGGAUUUUCCCCACAAACAUCCAUGAAGCCGGCGUCGUGUUGGAUUUCCUGUCAUCGAGCAAUAGCGUGGAAGCAGCCGCGGCAUCGUCUCAGCUGAUCCUCCUGUGUGUUUGCAGCUCGUUACAUUUCCGCUGGUUGAAGGAGUGCUUGGUUUAGCCUCUUAACAGCCUCAAACGUGGAAAAAUCUCACGGUAAAACAAGCGCUUCUGUUGUUUUCUUUAGUUUCCUUCAAACAAAGAACCGUGAGUCUCGUUCAUUGAAAACCUGCCGCAGCGUAACACCGCUCCUGUUACGGAGGAGGAGGUUGUGGGAACAGAUCACCCAGGUGUGGUUCUUUGUCGCUGCCUCUCUUUGUUUCCUGGUGUAUUUGUUGCCGGGCUGCCGCUCACUCUGCCUUCUGCUUUCUCACAUCAGUGUUUUCUGUCGGCCCUGUUUUGUUUUUCUCAGUUUUAUUUUUGUGUAAAAGUCCAGAAUGUUAGGAUGGAAACUCCAGCUGAACGUUUUCCUGGUAGACAGUCACCUGUUCAUGUGCUGGGGUCGGACUCGGUUCAGACCCAGUUGUUUUUCUGUUGCCUGCAGCAGCUGCGUGUCUCAUCCCUGAUGGAGGUUCAUACAGCCGGCUGUGGUUUCGAGGUGAAGUCCGUUCACCUCUGUCAGUCCAUGCACUGACUGAAGGUUCAGCUCAGCAUGAUAAAACAGUUCAUUCAGUUCAGUG